AUGCUCAUCCUUGGACUUACAGGCGGAAUCGCCACCGGCAAAUCCACCGUCUCUGCUGAGCUUGCCUCCUACGGCUUCCCCAUCAUUGACGCCGACCUUAUCGCGCGCGAGAUUGUGCUCCCCGGACGCAAGCCGUAUCAGCAAAUUGUUUCCUUUUUUGGUCCUCUCGUGCCCGACUUGCUCAACGCUGAUGGCUCACUCAACAGACUGGCCUUGGGGCGCGCGGUGUUUGGCCAGCCCGAGCGCUUGGCAAAGUUGAACGGCAUCACCCACCCGGCGGUGCGCAAGGAGAUAUUUUGGCGCAUCUUCCGCGCGUGGCUCGGGCUCAAUCGCUUAGUGGUUCUCGAUGUGCCGUUAUUGUUCGAGGCGGGUAUGGACAAGAUGUGUACAAAGGUGGUGACCGUCACCUGCGACGAGGAGAUCCAGUUGAUGCGCUUGCUAGCACGCAACCCGGAGCUCUCCGUUGAGGAUGCUCGCAAUCGCAUGGCCAGCCAGAUAGGCUCAGAGGAGAAGUGCAACCGGUCGGACGUCGUGAUCAUGAACAACUCAGAUUUCAACGCAUUGAAGCGGCUGGUGACUGCCACCGUUGCAGCGUUGUUGCCGUCCUGGUGGGUGACGUAUCUCGAGAUGAUUCCGUUUGUGCAGACCAUGUCUCCCUCUUAUACCUACAUUGUUUGA